AUGAGCGACGAGGUUUACGACGGUGCCAUCGGUAUCGAUCUUGGUACCACCUACUCUUGCGUUGCCAACUACGACGGUAACAAUGUCGAGAUCAUCGCCAACGAGCAGGGUUCUUUCACCACCCCUUCUUUCGUCUCCUUCACUGCUGAGGAGCGUCUGAUCGGUGAGGCCGCCAAGAACCAGGCCGCCAUGAACCCCGCCAACACCGUCUUCGAUGUUAAGCGUUUGAUCGGUCGUAGAUUCGAUGACCCCACCGUCAAGAAGGAUAUCGAGUCGUGGCCCUUCAAGAUCACCGACAACAACGGUUCCCCCAUGGUCCAGGUCGAGUACCUCGGCGAGACCAAGACUUUCUCCCCCCAGGAGAUCUCCUCCAUGGUCCUCCUGAAGAUGAAGGAGGUCGCUGAGACCAAGCUCGGCAAGAAGGUCGCUAAGGCCGUCGUCACCGUCCCCGCCUACUUCAACGACAACCAGCGUCAAGCCACCAAGGACGCCGGUGCCAUCUCUGGCCUCAACGUUCUCCGUAUCAUCAACGAGCCCACCGCUGCCGCCAUUGCCUACGGUCUCGGUUCCGGCAAGUCCGAGAAGGAGCGCAACGUCCUCAUCUACGAUCUCGGUGGUGGUACUUUCGAUGUUUCCCUCCUCCACAUCCAGGGUGGUGUCUUCACUGUCAAGGCCACCGCUGGUGACACCCACUUGGGUGGCCAGGACUUCGACACCAACCUCCUUGACCACUUCAAGAAGGAAUUCACCAGAAAAACCAAGAAGGAUCUGUCCGGUGACGCCCGUGCUCUCCGUCGUCUGAGAACUGCUUGCGAGCGUGCCAAGCGUACUCUAUCCAACGGUACCCAGGCUACUGUCGAGAUCGACUCCCUCUUCGACGGCGAGGACUUCAACGCCAACAUCACCCGUGCUCGUUUCGAGGACAUCAACGCCAAGGCCUUCAACGGCACCAUCCAGCCCGUUGAGCAGGUCCUCAAGGACGCCAACAUUGAGAAGUCAAAGGUUGACGAGAUCGUCCUUGUUGGUGGUUCCACCCGUAUUCCCCGCAUCCAGAAGCUCCUUUCCGACUUCUUCAACGGCAAGAAGCUCGAGAAGAGCAUCAACCCCGAUGAGGCUGUUGCCUACGGUGCCGCCGUCCAGGCCGGUAUCCUCUCCGGAAAGGCCACCUCUGCCGACACCGCCGACCUCCUCCUCCUCGAUGUCUGCCCUCUCUCCCUCGGUGUUGCCAUGGAGGGUAACAUCUUCGCCCCCGUCGUUCCCCGCGGUACCACCGUUCCCACCAUCAAGAAGCGUACCUUCACCACCGUCGCCGACGGCCAGACUACCGUACAAUUCCCUGUUUAUCAAGGAGAGCGUUCCGAGUGCGCCCACAACACCAGUCUUGGUGAAUUCACUCUUGCUCCCAUCCCCCACAUGCGCGCCGGUGAGGCCGUUCUCGAGUGUGUCUUCGAGGUCGACGUCAACGGUAUUCUGAAGGUCACCGCCACUGAGAAGACCUCUGGACGCAGUGCUAACAUCACCAUCUCCAACUCUGUCGGUAAGCUCAGCUCCGCCGAGAUCGACAAGAUGGUUGAGGAUGCCGCCAAGUUCAAGUCCUCCGACGAGGCCUUCACCAAGAAGUUCGAGUCCCGCCAGCAGCUCGAGUCCUACAUCUCCCGUGUCGAGGAGAUCGUCUCGGACCCCACUCUCUCCCUCAAGCUCAAGCGCAACCAGAAGGAGAAGAUUGAGUCUGCUCUCAGCGACGCCAUGGCCCAGCUCGAGAUCGAGGACUCCUCUGCCGAUGACCUCAAGAAGAAGGAGUUGGCCCUCAAGCGUGUCGUUACCAAGGCCAUGUCCACAAGAUAAACGUCUUGCAUCGUAUGACGGUUUAAUGGGCGUUCUUCUUUCUUCUAGUGUUUUAGAUUGGUACAGCUGGGUUCAAAAAGCUAUGCAUGUUUUUUCUUUAUGAGAUGCAGGUGCCGCUAGCAUGG